UUUUCAGGACCUGAUUCUUCGAAGACCGUUCUCUUAAUUACCUGUACCAUUUCUGUAAUGAGUGCCAGAUAUCCAACAGAAGAAAUGACGACACAGACGGAGGACAGACGCGGACGGGAGCGACUCGGACUGAGCUUCACUAUCGACUACCUUCUCUUCAACAAAGGAGUCAAAGGAGUGCCAGGAGCAGAAGAGCAGACUGCGAACAAUGUGGUCGCCAUACAGAAAUCGCUAGAGAGGUCAGCAGAGACCGAAGAAAGGAAAGUCCUCGAACAGGAGGGGGAUGAAGAGCAACAAGAAAAGGGGGAGGAGGAGGCGACCAGUACCACCACAACCACAUCGUAUGGCGGGGAUUUGGACAAGUCUGAGGACAAACCCAACCAGUCUUAUAUCGCGCUCAUUUCUAAGGCCAUCCUGGCAUCUGAGCAGAAGAAGCUGCUUCUGUGUGACAUCUACCAGUGGAUCAUGGACCACUUCCCCUACUUCAAGAGCAAGGACAAAAACUGGAGGAACAGCGUUCGACACAACCUGUCUCUGAACGACUGCUUUGUCAAAGCCGGCCGCAGCGACAACGGUAAAGGCCACUUCUGGGCCAUUCACCCGUCAAACUACCAGGACUUUUCCAACGAGGACUAUCACUGCCGGAGGACCCGACGGCGGGUCCGAAGGGUGGCCGGACAGCUCCAGCUCUCGCCUCUCAGCUUACCCUAUCACUUUACCCGUCAACACAGGACAGCCUGCUGGUGCUGUCCACCGGUCCACUCGCUCCCCCUGCCCUGCUUGGCCCCCAGACUCUACUGGCCCUGGUCACGUGUGCAGGGGCUUGUUGGCUGUCCACCCAGUCUGCAUGUCGCUGCACCCUAAGGACUGACAACUACAUCCAUGAGCAGUUUGGCAGUGGUUCAACGUCCAGUCAUUGUAGAUACUUGUAUUAAUAUUCGUCUAUGGUUAUGUCAUGGUCACCAUGUCUUCCCUGGUUUAGGGUAAACCAAAAAUGCAUGAUAGAGUACUGUGCAAAAAAUUCUAGGACACUACAAUGUCACACAACAGUCAUCACAUAGGAGUAUUUCAUUAUUUAUACAUGAAAAGGUGCAUUACCCAGAAUCGUCAAAAUGGUGCUGCCCAUCUGUCCAUUGUCCCUCAUGAACCACGAUGUAGCCAGCUAACAGACUUUUGCACAGUAUUGCAGUAUUAUAGUGAAAGACCAAAGUAAAA